GUCGCGAUGCUCCCCCUGAGGCGGCGCCAGCGGCGGCGGCUGCGCUCGGGGCUCGGGGUCCCGGGCGCCGCGGUGCUGCUCGUCUGUGCGGCGGCCUGCGCCCUGGCGGAGCGGGCGCCCGCGGGCCGCGCGUCGGCGCUGAGCGCGUAUUUCGGCACCAAGAGCCGCUACGAGGAUGUGGCGCGGCCGCGGGCCGGACCGGGGCCCGCGGGCCCUUGCGCGCCGCUGCAGCUCGUGGCCCUGGUGCGCCACGGCACCCGCUACCCCACGGCCAAGCAGGUGGGCCGCCUGCGGGCGCUGCGCGGGUUGCUGCUGCGCUCGGGCUCGCCCGGGCCGGGCCUGGCGGGCGCGCUGGCGCGCUGGCCGCUGGCCUACGAGGACUGGAUGGACGGGCAGCUGGUGGACAAGGGCCGGCGCGACAUGCGCCAGCUGGCCGCCCGCCUGGCCGCGCGCUUCCCGCCGCUGCUGGGCCGCGCCGGCCUGGCCCGCGUGCGCCUCGUGUCCAGCUCCAAGCCGCGCUGCGUGGACAGCGCCGUGGCCUUCGCGCGGGGCCUCUGGGCGCACGGCCACCCGGACCAACCGGAGCCCGAGUCAGCAGAUAUGGAGUUUGGGCCACCUGAGAUAAAUGAUAAACUUAUGAGGUUUUUUGAUCAUUGCGAAAAGUUCCUAACUGAGGUGGAAAAGAAUGAUUCAGCUCUUUAUCAUGUAGAAGCCUUCAAAAAUGGACCAGAAAUGCAGAAAAUUAUUAAAAAAGUUGCAGCUCUUUUGGAGGUGCCAACAAGUGAUUUAAAUGCAGAUUUAAUCCAAGUCGCUUUUUUUUCCUGCUCAUUCGACCUGGCUAUUAGAGACAUUCAGUCCCCCUGGUGCGAUGUCUUUGACACAGAGGAUGCCAAGGUGCUGGAAUACCUGAAUGACCUGAAGCAGUAUUGGAAAAGAGGGCAUGGCUACGCGAUCAAUAGUCGGUCCAGCUGCGGCCUGUUCCAGGACAUCUUUCAUCAUUUGGACAGAGCUGUUGAACAGAGACAGAGGUCUCAGCCUAUCUCCUCUCCAGUCAUCUUCCACUUUGGACAUGCAGAGACACUGCUGCCGCUGCUUUCUCUCAUGGGCUAUUUUAAGGACAAGGAGCCCCUCACUGCUUACAAUUACAAGGAGCAAAUGAACCGUCAGUUCCGGAGCGGCCACAUCGUCCCCUAUGCGUCCAAUCUCAUAUUCGUGCUUUACCACUGUGAGCACGCUGAGACGCCCGCCCGAGAGUACCAGGUGCAGCUGCUCCUGAAUGAAGAGCCGCUGCCAUUUGUUCACUCUCCAGAAACCGUCGCUGUGUAUCAGGAGCUGAAGGACCACUAUAAAGACGUCCUGCAGAGCUGCCACUCAGACCAAGAGUGCGUCUUGCCAAAUAUCAACAUCACGUCUGACGAGCUGUGAGUGACUGGCAUGGUUCUAGAGGGAAGGAUUCCAUGUUGGCAUGACAGGGUCACCGGGCACUGCCCUGGUGACAAAAAGCGCAAGUAUUUCUGACUUCACAGAGGAUUUCGUUAUGGAUCUGAAAUUUGUGUGUGUGGAAAAAAGUUUUGCUCCAAGGUAGCUCAAGGAAAAUGUUUUUUUUUUAAAAAUCCUAAUUUGUGACCCAGGAGACAUCUGAUGAUGAAAAUGUUUACAGAAAUGACUUCAAAUUUUAUUAGUAAUCACUACUGGCUUAUAAAUUUGAUUUCAGAAUAAUACUUGAAAACGCCAGAAUAAUCAAAUUGUCUGUAGAACUGGAUGCAAUUCAUUCUAGGAACUCAAGUCCUUUGAUUUUUGUGGACAUCUUCUCACGCCUUAAGCAGGGAGACUCAGCCUGCUGUAAGUAGGCCUUUAAUCAGAAAAAAACCAGUCAACUGGAACUAUAACUUUCUGUGGAAGAUAGCGAGCUGUUAAAAUGUUAAACAUUUAUUUUGUGUCUGAUUUAAGGGGACAUUUUGAGUGACAUAAAAAUAGAAAUAAGCAUUGUUUCUUAUUAGUAUCCCUAGGGUAUAUUGAUGCUUUGGAAAUGAAAUGCUUUGUGGCCUUUCAUGUGAUGCUAGUUUUACUUUAUAAUAAUGGAGGAAGAGGAUGGUCAGAAUCAAGUCAGGAUCAGCCUCCUCAAUCCUUUGGUGAGCUUUUGGGCUUCUAUUCUCCGUUUUGCACCUCUUGAAAAAGUAUUAAUCACUAUUAUCAUCAUCAUCAUUAACAGAAACAAUUUUUUUGAAUUUAAGGCUUUAUUCUGCCUAGCCUAGUUUCUUUCAUUCAGAUUAGCAUUGGAAUUAUAACCUGCUAAGUACUACCAAAUGUUUGUAGGAAUAAUAACGAUGAAGACUCUGAUGAUGAUAAUGCCAGUAAUGACUCACACGUCAAGUGAAGAAUUAUCAAGUCCCCCAAAUUCUAUGGGAAUUUCGGCUAUCAGUAUGCCAGUGUUCCUCUCAUUUGGCCUGUACGCUGAAGGGGUGGAAGGAGGAAGAUAGUGGGGAAAUGUGAAGUAAGAGAGAUUCAGAUGCCAGACCAUAUUAAAAAAAAAAUUUAAUCACAUUAGGGAUGAACUUUUUUCGAGUGAGAAACAAGCUUUCUGUGAACAUUUUGUUAACAUUAUUGGUUUGGGUACAGAAAACUAUGAUUAAUUUAAAUCAUCAGUUAGUUAAAAUCCUUAGUUUUUAAUGAGUGAGGGAACAAAUCAAAAGAACUCCAUCUCAAGGAUAUGUGAGUACACACCCAUGCACAUUCGGUCACGUCUCUGCCUUCUCUCCCUGACGUCUGGGUCCUUCUAGGGGAGAAGUCAUGUCUGUGGGGUCUAGAGGUCUGGCCCUAGAGUCUCCAAGUCCUUACUCUGAUACUUGGCUGGGGCAGGUCACCUGACCUCUUAGUGCUCUGGGUAGCCAUCAGUCAAGUCUCCAUGAGGCCAGACCCUGCCAGGCUUAGAGAUCUGGGAGAGAAGGAAACGCCCCUCCUUAGAAUGAACUUACAUUCUGGUGGGGGCGCAUGUUAAAAGAGAAUUGUCCACACUGAGUCUUCCCCCCGCUAAUGAAAUAAAAAAUCCUGUGCUCCAUCCAGACCAUGUGUGCAUAUGUCACCCACUGAAGAGCCACUUCAGGUCAAUUCCACAUCCAUUUGAUAUCUACUCUGUGUAGUUUUCCUUUCCAUGCAUUAACUCAGUUUACCUCUGGGAAAGUAUUGACAGACUUGCUGGUGGACCAUGAGGUGGGAUGUGGUGGGUGUGUGGGUGUGUGCGUGUGUUCGAGUGAGUGUGGGGGGGUGUGUAAAAUCUCCGUGCCCUGUUCCCCAUGUACAUCCCGGGUCAGGACACUUCCCUCUUUGUCUCUUAGAGCUUCAUGUUUAUCAGUGUUCUGGGGUGAUGGAUACUCAGGAUUUGGGGCAGUGGGGCAGCCUCACAGACAUCGAGAAGUCCUGUUAUGUUGAAGUACAUUUUACUCAGUGAAGCAGGAAUGUUUUCAGUAGCAGAGGCCAAAGCAAAAAUGUUUUCUGAUAUCCUCAUACCAUUCUGUUCCCAGAGAAUUAUGUUCUGUGGGAGUUUUAUUGGAUAUUGGCCUGGGGAACAAGUGAAGUUAAAAGUACUUUCUGCACCUGCUCCUGCACUGACUUUUAUGUCCUUCUGGUUAGCAGCACCUCUUAAAGCAGGUCCUGAUAAGAGGUGGGUUUUUAUUUGCUUGGGUGCUAACUGCUUUUAAAAAAAAUCAGAGUUUCAAAAGAAUAUAUUUUCUAAGUUUCCUAAGUAAGCAAAUUAUAGAAAUACUCAGUUAAGCCUCUCAGGACCUCAAGUCAGGAGGCCCUAGGUCUGGGUGCUGGUUCUGACCCUUGCCUGUUUGACCCUGGGCAGGUCACAGCCCUUCUCUGAGUUUCCCUGUGCUCAGGUGUAGAAGGGCAUACUACCACCUACCUCCUCGAAUGGUCAUUAUAGGGAAAGCCCCGUGUAGCCUUUCAGGGUCUUUGUAGGAAAGUGAAUAGUGGUGGCUGGGAUUGCUAACUACCCUAACCCUGAAUGCUUCCAGGCUGCCAGGGCUUUGGCACAGCUUGGAAAUGGUGAAUGAAAUAGGUCUUAAGGAUGAUAUUUUCAGGCAUGAGAUUUUUCUGAAGGAUGAUUAUCCAGAAUCUUCAUGAAAACAGUCUACUCCAUCUGAUGUGCCUGCUUUGUAAUUAGGAGGGAUGAUGAAAAAUCUAGAUGAAUUUUGGAUUCACCAGUAAGUUUAAUCAAGUGGAGAAAUGAUGGAAGGGGAUAGAAAUAUUUUGUUUUAAAAUAUAUGGCUUUGGAUUCAAUGGGAUUUUAUUUAAUGGAACUUUUCCAGAUCUUCUGGCUUUGCCUAAAAUCUUUGGACCAAGUAUGAAGUUGGGGCUUGACACUGACCUUGACCAGAUGGGAGUGUCGGAUUGACUCAGUCCCUUUAAAGUGAACUUAGAAAUAAUUACUUUCGAGAAUGGGUUAAAAAAAAUGUAAAAAUUUUUGUACAAGUUGUUUGACCUGAGGGUCCUGUAGGACAGUAUAGUCAGCAUGCUUGCAUUUGUUAGCACUUGAUAUUUGAGGGAGGACAGUGAGAUGGUAAUUGUUACUGGCGCUGCUUCUGUUCUAGGAAACUUGGGGGCUUCUGGGCUGUGGUGCUAUUUCUUUCUCCUGUUGGAAAUGAUUGAAACGAAAGAAUUUUGUGAUGAAAAUUAACGGUGAUAAGUAAGAGCGGCCUCUGGAGUGGUAAGAAGGCAUGCCAUUGCCUCACUGCAUCAGAGUGACAGAAUAGGACAGCGCGAGCUCACCGUUGUGCUUUUGAAAAUGCCGUUAGUACUCUCAUUUGUCCUCAUCUCUGUCCAAUGCAAGACCUGGAAGUGAGCUGGAGUCGGGUACAGCGAAGACCGUGUACUGUUUACCAAAAAAGCAAAGCUCGGGGUUUUUGCACAUGUUUUAUACUUUGAAUUUGUUGUGUAGACAGUAAUCGUUUCUUGUUUACUUUGUGUUUAAGCUUUAAGUUUAGCCUUCAGACUAGAAUGGAAGUAUGUAUUUUUAGAGCAGUUUAGCAUGUGGGACUUCUCACAGGUCCGGAGGGCAGAGGGCACUUGCCGUUAUUUAUAUGUGAUUUGUAGUGGUUGGAAUCUGCAGCCUUUUAUAUUGUGCGAGCUUGAAAAUAAAUACUUCAUGUUGGACUGUU